AUGGACGCCCUGGACACGGAGCCGCCCGGCGAGGACGACGCGCUCAUCGCGUCCCGCGUGCGGUUCCUGGCGGGCCUCGCCUGCCUGAACUCCGUGGCCCUGGGCUUCCAGAUCGGCGCCGUGUCCGCGGCGGCGCCGCUCAUCCAGGACACGUACGACCUCAACUCGUUCCAGCUCGAGAUGUACGAGGCGGCGAUCAGCGCCGCGGCGAUCCUCGGCGCGGUGCUCGCGGGCGUCGUGAGCGAGCCCGUCGGGCGCCUCAAGGCCUUCCAGAUCUCGAGCGUGCUCUUCAUCGCUGGGUCGCUCAUGCAGGCCGUGAGCUUCGGCUACUACAUGCUCAUGGUCGGCGUCUGCAUCGUCGGCGUCGCCGUGGGCUUCGGCCUCAGCGUCGACCCGAUCUACAUCGCGGAGAUCUCGCCCCAGGGGGACCGGGGCUACUUCGUGACCUGGAGCGAGAUCGCCAUCACGGGCGGCCAGGUCCUGGGCUUCGCCGCGGGGCUCGUCAUCGAGAUCAUCUUCUCGUCGUGGUCGGGGUCGUGGCGCAUCAUCAUCGGCUGCGGCGCGCUGACGCCCAUCGCGCUCUUCCUCGCCGUGGCCUUCGUCAUCCCCGAGUCGCCGCGGUGGCUCGCGAUCCACGGGCGCGUCGACGAAGCGCGGGCCGUGCUCGCGGGGCUGGGCCUCUCGCGCGGCGCCGUCGACCGCACGCUCGAGGACAUCGCCGAGGAGCAAAGGAUCGCGCCCGCGGAGGACGCGUCCGUCGUGGGGCUGCUGACGCAGCGCCGCGCGCUCAAGCCCGCGGUGAAGCGCAUCCUGCUCGUGGGCGUCGGCGCGGCCGUCGCGCAGCAGCUGAGCGGCUGCGACGCGAUCUUCUACAACUUCCUCUUCUCGCUCGAGGCCGUCGGCAUCAACUCCACGUGGAUCUCCUACAGCAUCCUCCUCGGCCUCGGCGUCGUCAAGCUCUGCACGGCGAUCCUGUCGUGCCAUCUCCUGGACUCCGUCGGCCGCCGGCCGCUGAUUUUAGCGAGCGCGACGGGCACGGCCGCGACGCUCUACGUCCUCGCGCUCUUCUACGCGUUCUGCACGACGCUCAAGGGCAACGUCGCCUACCAGGCGGGCAUCAUCUUCUUCUACUACGUCUACAUCUUCGUCUUCGAGCUCGGCCUCGGGCCGGGCUGCUGGCUGAUCCCGUCCGAGGUCUUCUACAACGCGAUCCGCAUGCGGGCCAUGACGCUCGCGACCUUCGCGAACCGGUGCACGACGACGGGCGUCGUCGCAACGGCCAUCUCCAUCGAGGACGCCUGGUCCUGGGCCGGCUACUUCGCCUGGUACGCGUCGACGGCCGCCGCCGGCGCGGCCUUCCUCUGGAUCUACCUGCCCGAGACCAAGGGCAAGUCCCUCGAGACCAUGUACGCGCACUUCGAGGCCAUCACGGGCUCCGAGGAGCACAGCCGGCCCUUCACGCCGAGCCCGUUCCAGCGGUCCCUCGACGGCGCCGGCGACGCCAAGGCCGCCGCCGCCGCGCGCGACCAGGCCGCGAGCGCGAGCAAGAUCGUAUGA